CUUUAGUUUCGCCUGGCUGUUUUACACCUGCUGGCGGUCUGGCUUCCAUGCUAAUGUUAGCUGGCUCUAUGCUCUAUCUAUCCUGUCUAUUUUCCAAUGAUGGUUGCAAACACAGCUCUGCCUCAGUGACAGUAGAGCUGUAACCGCUGAAGACCAUGGGGCUAUCGCAGAGCUCGCUCCUGUCAGACGCUGGAAGUAACAGUGGAUAUCAUGUUCACGGAGUUCAAGAAGAAUCGCCUGCACUCAAGGCUGGACUGGAGCCUUUCUUUGACUUUAUUCUCUCUAUAGGGAACACCAGACUUAAUAAGGAGAGUGAUUUGCUGAGAGAUCUACUGAAGGCCAAUGUGGAAAAGGCAGUCAAGCUGGAAGUGUACAGCUCCAAAACUCAGCGGGUGAGGGAGCUGGAGGUGACACCCAGUAACAUGUGGGGUGGUCAGGGGUUGCUGGGCGCCAGCGUUCGCUUCUGCAGCUUCGAGGGAGCCAACGAGAAUGUGUGGCACGUGUUGGACGUGGAGGAGAAUUCUCCUGCAUCCCUUGCUGGCCUUAUUGCACAUGAAGACUUUAUUGUCGGGGCUGACCAAGUGUUACAAGAUUCAGAGGAUUUCUUCUCCUUGAUUGAAGCCAAUGAGGGGAAGUCUCUGAAGCUUUUAGUUUAUAACGUGCAGACCGAUCAGUGCAGGGAGAUUGUGGUGACCCCCAAUGGAGCCUGGGGAGGAGAGGGGAGCUUAGGCUGCGGUAUCGGCUACGGCUACCUACACAGGAUCCCAUCUCGUCCAGUUCCCCCAAAUGUCCAGGACAGAAAUGUUCCCCAACCAACGGCUACAGCUAGCAGGGAAGGGGUGACCUCGUCUGACCACAGUGAGGUUCCUCCGCUGACUGAACGCAUCCUGACUAAUGAAGCAGGUUUACCUGAAACUGGAGGAGAUUUGCCUAAUCUCAGUGAAAUCUCACCCCAGGAGGAGUCUCCAGGUGAAAACAUCUCCAGCAGUCCUGGAGCCUUUAACUCAGAUUUGGCCAAAGCUGUUUCUACCAUGGAUGAGGGCCACAGCUCCAUGUUUGCUAAUUAUGGAGAUGACACACGUGACCUAUGUAGCUUUGAUGAUUCAAUUUUUGACCAAACGUCUUCAUCUCAAGAGAAAGAAGAAGAAGAAGUCAAUCAAACUGAGCAUGAGGGAGUUUUAAAUCAUAGCAGCAGAGAGGAUGUGGAUGAUGCUUCUGCUGCCCUCAAGGAUACCACAGAGCGCCUUGGGAGCAUCCCAGAGAGGCAGACUCCUAACAUGGAAGCUUUCAGCCCAGACCGCCUCUUAGAACAGGAGCUGAUUGAGUCUGAUGCGUCAGGCAGUUGAAUAACAGCAGCAGCAGA